AUGUCAGACUAUGACAGAGCAAUGCAAGCGUAUGAAGCAGCCAUUCGACAUAACACAUACUCUAUCCCUGCUCUAUCAUCUAUUGCAGCAUUAUGCAGGCAUAGAGAGCAAUUUCCAAGAGCUGUCGAAUAUUUUCAAAGGAUAUUGUCUAUUGAUCAGAAUAAUGGUGAAAUUUGGGGUGCAUUAGGUCACUGUUACUUAAUGAUGGAUGAUUUACAAAAGGCUUAUAGCGCUUAUCAACAAGCUCUUUACUAUUUACCUAGUCCAAAGGAGCCUAAACUCUGGUACGGAAUUGGUAUUCUAUAUGAUCGCUAUGGUUCACUCGAACACGCGGAAGAAGCAUUUUCGCAAGUUAUGAGAAUGGAGCCGAAAUUUGAAAAGGCUAAUGAAAUAUACUUCAGAUUGGGUAUUAUAUACAAACAGCAGCAAAAAUACGAGUCUAGUCUUGGGUGCUUUAAAUACAUUCUACACAACCCCCCGCGCCCAUUAACUGAAGUUGAUAUAUGGUUCCAAAUUGGGCACGUGUAUGACAUGCAGAAAAACUAUACGGCAGCUAAAGACGCAUAUGAACGUGUGUUGGUUGAGAGUCCUAAUCACGCCAAAGUUUUGCAACAGCUAGGAUGGCUGUAUCAUCAACCAGGAUCAGGUUUUACUGAUCAAGAGCAUGCUAUCACAUAUCUAACAAAGUCCAUUUCGUCAGAUGAUACUGAUCCUCAAUCGUGGUACCUGCUGGGUCGUUGUUUUAUGGCGCAACAAAAGUAUAACAAAGCAUACGAGGCAUAUCAACAAGCAGUUUAUCGUGAUAGUCAGAAUCCAACUUUCUGGUGUUCAAUCGGUGUACUGUAUUAUCAGAUUAGCCAGUUCCGUGAUGCAUUGGAUGCCUAUAGUCGUGCUAUUCGUCUAAAUCCAAGCAUAAGUGAAGUUUGGUAUGACUUGGGAACGCUCUACGAAGCAUGUAAUAAUCAAAUCUCGGAUGCGUUAGAUGCGUAUCAACGAGCAGCAGACUUGGAGCCCAGUAAUCCUCACAUCAAGCUAAGAUUACAAAUGCUAAGAAAUCAACAGGCCCAGGGUGGACAAACUACCGCCCCAGUCCCACAAGAUGUUAUUAACCCACAGGCAUAUCAAUCUCAGAAUGGCGCAUCGAUGAUAGGAAAUCCUCAAUACACGCAGCCGCCAGGACCACAAGGUCCGCCACCUCUUUUGCAAAAUUAUGGCAACAGAAGUGUAGACAGCAGACCACCACAUCAACAACCUCCACCCCUGAACAUGAACUUUCCUCCAAUUAGUCAGAACAGUGGAAGAGAUCUUCCUCCAAUUAAUCGUAGUAGAAGCCCGGUUCCACCCUACAACUUAGCAUCUCAUCAUCCACCACAUAUACGUGAUUCUACUACUUCCCCCAAUCAACCGCCCAGUUUCAAUCCGGUUAUGCAACCCCCACACGAUGCAAUGCAGCUACCGCCGCAAUCCGCUCCACCGCCAUUACGUCAUAAUAACGAGAAACGACCGUCGCCACAAUUACCCCAUAUUCCAGAAGACCGACGAUCUAGUAGAUAUUCGCCACAAUUACCAGAAUCGCAACCGUCAACACGCCAAUACAAUCCAUCGCCGCGUAUGGGUCCAGAACAUUCCGCCUCUCAACACAACAGUUAUCAUCCUCAUCAAUCCAUGCCUCUCCAUUCUCAACCAGUAGUAGAUCGUCGAGACACGCAAGAAAUGUAUGAUCCCACAAAAGUCAAACCCGAAGAAUCAAGUGUUAGACACGGAAAUGGUGUACAGCAGUCUUCCCAUCAGCCUUCAUAUCACACAUCUGACACCCAUCCUACCUCUCCGCCAUCUCCUUCGCCCUCCUUAGCUCCUUCAGUACACGAAUCUCAUCAGUCACAUCACCCACAUCAUGAUUAUCAUCAUAGAUUGCAUGAGAAUGAGAGCCCGGUCGAAGAUAAAUCGGUUCUCCCAGUUCACUAUCGCCAAGAAGAACAUCAUCUUCGCCGAAGAUCCCCUCCUCACAUGCCCGAAUUAAAACCACCGUUGGCUCAGUCUGAACUUUCUUCUCCGCCACCUCAAAGACCAUCAGUUACACGUGAAUCUCCAGUAAGAGAGAACGCGGGGUCGUCAUACGGAAUUAGUAAUGGAGAUAAUAACAGUCCUGUAUCUGCUAGUGAAUUGCCUCGCAAAUCGUCUUCGCCUGAACCACAACCCUCACGCAUGUCAUCAGGAGAUGCAUCAAGAGAGUUACCGAAACCGAACAUUCUAAAUGAUGAAUCAUCAUCUGCUCCACACUCUCCUAACGAACCAAGAUCCCCAUCAUUGGCAAGAAUAGUUGAUAAUCCGAUACAAACAGAUGCCGAAGCAAAUCAGAAACCGGUAUUACCGGCUAUCCGUACCACUUUACCACCUAUUACAUCGCCGCAGUCUGAUAGGUCUGUAUCAAGACAAGUUGAAGUUGAUGACGACUAUGACGGCGGAUCGGCUGCUGACACAUUAUUGACAAUGCGAGAUACGGCUGCACCGCUCAGUAGCGCAUCUUCAGCAUCAUCGGGAGGACAGAAGCGGCCUUAUUCUCCCAAGGCAGAUGCUGAAGAAGAUCGGGCACGAGAGGAGAAUUCAGCGAAACGAUCAAGGACUUCACCCACUACUCGUGCUAAUAAUGAUGACGGAGGAAGUCCGACCAAAGUGCGAAUGCUGGCAACUCGCAUUCACCGGAAAAACAUGGAAAUGCACUGCGUGAGGCAUCUGCGCGGGACUGCGGAUGCGGCCAUUGACCUUGGCCGCCAUUCUACAUACUCGAUGGCAGUGACCGAUAACGAGCAUGGCAAUUCUCCACGAACAAGUGAAUUCUUCUUACUGGAAUAUGUUGAUCCAAUAAAAGCUGCGUUGAGCGAUCAUGAUUACACGAAAUAA